AUGCUCGCGCAAAGAGAUCUACAUGUCAGUGCUGAAGAGGAAGCGUCGGGCCGACCAGCAGUUUGGCAGAAGGCAUACACCCUCUUUCGCUGUCCGAGUCCAUGCGAUCGUGGAGCUCACUGCUGGAUCGAUCCAGACGGGAAGAAGCAUUACAGGCUGAGAGCGCCUCACAUGAGAAGUCUCAUUGAGUAUGUCACUCAGGGCGACACCCUGGAGACCCAUGAUUAUGUUCUUCCAAACAUUCGGCAACAAUUGUAUCUGGAGGAAGAGCAGAGACUGAAUCGCAAGGCAAAAGAGAAUAAACCUUCUCCCCUUAAUAUCCCCCAAUCAAUGAUGAUAGGCAUUGACUACCGCCAUCUUUGUCGGAUCCUACUCUGUGUGUCAGGACGAGAAAAAUCGUCCGAUUCAAUUGCGAGAAGUCUAAGCGAGGCGGACUCUCUCGGAUGGGCCACCGCACUCAUUGCACAGUCCAUUGCAGAGGCUCUUGAUCGGACGCCGCAUUAUUUCCACGGAAGAGGACCUCCCAAGAAAGAUCGGAUAACCCUGCAAGGAUGUCAGAAUUGGCCAGCGAGGAAGGAGAUAUUUGCAGCCUUUCUUUCAAUCCCUGCCAAGAAGAGCAGUUCGGGGCCAUUCCGUCGGGUCUGCUUCUGGCUUGAGCAGGGAGAGUGGGAAGAUCGAUUCACGCAAAUCAGCAAGGAAAUGAUUUUACGAAUGGCAUACGAGGAAAAAGGUGAGACAGCGCACUAUAUGCUUUCCUCGUUGUGCGAAUGUCUGAGAUUCCAUGGAGAGCCCUAUAACUUGAGUGAAAUCGAAGAUUUAGUGCGGGCGCGGACGGGCAGCUAUCAAAGUUGUCGACUAUGUCUGGUCUGGACUGGAGACCUAUUCUGA